AUCAUGUGGACGAACCAAUUCAAAAGAUGCAAGGAAUUCAUUCGACGCCGCGUAAAGGGUUUUCUUUUACUGGAAGAUUGACUUCUAAAAGUGAAAGUGAAAGUGAGGCUCCGCCUCAUUUGAAGGUAGCCUACCAAUUGUCGCAGUGCAAUGAAUUACGGUUAGCCUAUUGACUUGUAUUAACUUGUAAUGCCAAAGCGCGGCACAUUUCAAAUCCUGCUGUGAAGCAACCCAGGCAAGAAACUUCUUGAAAGUACAGAAAUGGAUGCAAAGUGGAUUCUGCUUCUCUACAUGGCCAUCCUUCACACAGUGACUAGUGCACCGGAGUCAGUGUUUGCUCAAGAGGGAAACUCUGUCAUCCUGACCUUGCACAAACGUGUCAACCUGGACCCAGAUGAUGCUGUCUGGAUAUUUAAUCAAACAAGAGAUGUUGUUAGAUAUUAUCCACACCAUCCUAAAUCUCGCCAGCUAAGAGUCCUAGACCUUUAUAAGGGUAGAGUAGAAUUUGACAGCACCACGUUCUCUCUGGAGCUGAAGAACCCGCAGAAGACUGACAGCGGACUCUACAGAGGAGAGAUAAAUGCAGAAGGAAGAAAGACUGUUGUUGAAUACAAGCUCUCUGUUUACGAGCAAGUUUCUGCCCCUGUAUUGGCUGUGGAGACUGCCCUUUCCAGUGGUGACAUCUGUAAUGUGACGGUGACCUGUACAGCUGGUGACCUUUCUCUGACCUCCACCUGUAACAGUAGCACCUGCACACAGAAGGAACUGACUAUGUCCUCAAGCCCUGCCAUCCUUAUUAGAGAUGGUGACAUCAUCUGCAACCAUAGCAACCCAGUCAGUUGGAGUCAAGCCACAGUGGACUUUGAAAGAGUGUGUUCGCAAGCGCAACAUUUUUUUGACAAACAGAAUGCAACGAUCAAUACUGCUGUUGUUGGAGGAUUAGUGCCAGUGGCAUUUGUAAUUUGUGCAGUGCUACUAAUUUGUGUCCUUCACAAACGAUGUACAGGAGCCAACAAGGCAAAGAGGAAAAUUAUCCCCAUUGAGAUGUUCCCAAUGACAAAUGGUGGCAAGGAGCAGUCUGAAGUUGUUUGUGGAAAGGCUUCCCCUGGAUUUCCCCAGAACCAAACCCCGGGAUCAGAACUGAAGCAGCGAAACCUCUAUAAGCCUAGGGCCACACCUUCUGUUAAUAGCGAAAGCAGUGAGUCCUGGGCUACACCCUUGGCUAGACAGAAGAUACUGAGCUCGAGAUCAAGGAAGGACCAAAGUCCCUCUCAGAACAAAUCCUCUUUUACUGUGGUUAACCUCUCACAGGGAUCAGAACCGAAGAAGCAAAACCUCUCUACGCCUAGGGCUACGUCCUCUUUGGUUAAGAAAGCGCUGGACUUCGAUCAAGUUAAAAGUCCUACCUCCAUCUACUGAAGGACCAUCACAGCCCUGGAGACCACACAGCCUGGGCCAGUCUCCUCAUCAAUGACACAAGUGUACACUUACUCAGUCGUUUCAAAAGAGACAUGAGACAGCACAAGGAUUUUAUUAAGUCAAGUACCUAGUAUUUAGCAGAAACCAUUAUCCACACAGAUUCUUAACGACGGGUUCAAGAUCCUCCACCACAUCUAUAUUAUGCUGUGAAUACACGAAUCCGGCGAAACUACUGGAAGUAAGCGGGCGCCAUUACUGAGCUGUUGCUGGGUAGCGUUGCGCCAGUGCCUUCUAUUGGAUUUGUUGCGUCCACUGGGAUAACAGCCCGCAAUUUACGACUGUCUCAAUACUUCUUUUAUAAUGUCGAGUGGGAAAACAUGUUCCGUUUUCAAUUGUUCCAAUAGCAGCAAUAAAAUUACCGGUUGGAAGAAAAAACAAUGUGUGAUACACAAAAUACCCCGGGUCGACUGCCCCUGUCUGGUAGCCUACCAUACGGUUUGCACAGAUAGCAGUUAGCUGUACCUUACUCUUUCCUUUUGAAGUGUGAAAAUUAGAUAAACAAUGGUCACAAAUGAAAAACAUGAAUUUGUUUAUUUGAUAUCCAUUUAUUUAUUUCUUGUUCUUGUUCUUGUUGUUAUUUCUAUCGACAGAUAUUUUUAUAGUUUCCUCGUUAGCUAGCCUAGCUAGCAUAGUUAUUGGUAACGUUAGCUAGCUACAGUAGUUAAGUAACUUAGAUAUAAUAUCAACCUAGUGCCAAUUAUGUCUUUAUUUCCCAUUCUCUACUCUAAGCUAUUUUCAUACAUAAUCUGUAAGAUCGCUUGUCUGUGACUGGAGGCCACUGUCUAACAUCAUCAACCCAACAAGCCAUACUGCCUGGCUGUAGCUGUCAUCGUGGGUGCGGAGGUUUGUUUACAUACCAGUAACAGCACAGUAAUGGCGUCGCCACAAGAUGGCAGCCUACACAGAACGCUCGUCGGAUUUGUGUAUUAGUUAUGUAAAUAUAGAAUCAAUUGUCUAUUUUUAUGUUUUUAUUUUAUCUUCAUUUUUCAUUGUCAUUUUCUGUUUUUACAAACAAAUGCUUGAGCAGGUUAAUAUCAGUUGAUUUCUUGUGUAUAUAUUUUUGUGUUCCGAUGUUUGAUGUUUUUAUGGUGUGUGCAAAGAAAAUAUACUGUACUAUAUAAUUUGAAAUACUUUACAUUCUUACUAAUUAUAAACUUAUUUGGAUGUUGA